UUUCAGCGCGAGGGCAUUGUGGGAAGCAGCCAUGGUCUAAGCCUCACCUGUCAGCCACGCCAGCUCCUGCGCUCGCCUCUCGCCCUUGCUUCUCCAGCGUUCCUUGCUCGCACGGCCUGGGUGGCGGCUGCACGGUCACCAUGAUACAUUUCAUAUUGCUCUUCAGUCGACAAGGGAAAUUACGGCUGCAGAAAUGGUAUGUCACUCUCCCUGACAAAGAGAGGAAGAAGAUCACCCGGGAAAUUGUUCAGAUUAUUCUCUCCCGUGGUCACAGGACAAGCAGUUUUAUUGACUGGAAGGAGCUAAAACUUGUUUAUAAAAGGUAUGCUAGUUUAUAUUUUUGCUGUGCAGUAGAAAAUCAGGACAAUGAGCUCUUGACGCUAGAGAUUGUGCAUCGCUAUGUGGAACUGCUGGACAAAUAUUUUGGAAAUGUCUGCGAGCUGGAUAUUAUCUUCAAUUUUGAAAAGGCUUAUUUCAUCCUGGACGAGUUUAUAAUAGGUGGAGAAAUUCAGGAAACGUCCAAGAAAAUUGCUGUCAAAGCCAUUGAAGACUCUGAUAUGUUACAGGAGACGUUGGAAGAAUACAUGAACAAGCCUACAUUUUAACUGGAAAUCUACCUGAUGACUAGAGCCUACGUGUUAUGAAGCUGUAAAUAAGCAAUGCUUCCCAUUCGGUUUUUUGAUGGAGCCUCAGGCACCAUGCCAAAAGUAACUUAAAGGGAUUUUCGUUAACUAACAAAAGUUAAAAUUGUUUAACAUAUUUAUAAUUACUAUGUGUCUGUAUUAUUUAAAAAAAAAGAAAAAACUAUGUGUCUUUAUUAUACUAUAUAAAAGUCUUUGUAGCUCUGAAUGUUUAAAAUAACUACCGCCUAACCCAAAAGACAAUAUUUGUAAUGUUUUAACUCUGUGUUAUAUUUUUAAGUUCGUUUAGAUAAAUUUGCUGCAAUUUUUUUUUUGCAUUUGAUCCUCUACUGACAGGUUGAAAGAUAUGUUAUAAUAAUUCAUGGUUUUGAAUGUAAAGUAUAUAUGAUGUCAUUAAUACUUUUUCUAAAUGUUUGGUUUUUUUAAUUGUAUAAUAAUUCAAGCUUAUGUUAAUAGCGCAAUUUAUAAAUAAUGCUAGACCUUUUUCAUACACUUAAUAAUACUGUUAUUGCAAUUCACAUACAAAGUAUCUGAUUUUAAUGUGCUGAAUUCAUUUAUUUUUUUCUGAAUUCAUUUAUUAUUUUAAGAAAAUAACCAAAGAGUAUAGAAUUUAAUAAGUGUUUUUGACACUUUAGAAGCUGCUAUCCCAACUGAGGUUUUAAUUUAUCUUUUAAUUGAAUAUAAGGGACGUUCCAAUAAAGUUUUCUACAAACUAUAUAUUUAUUAAGGUUUAUAGAGACCUAGAGAUACAGCGUCUAUGACUUCCUUUAUUAUUCUAAAUUAGUAUAAGAGUUAAUAACAAUAGCAAUGAUAAUUAUUGCUGCUAUUUUUUAAAUUUCAUAUUCCAAGCAUUCUUAAUUGCUGGAAAUUUCAUUUCAAAUAUGUUUUAAUGUAUCCCUAAUACUUUGAAGAUUUACUAUAUGGCUGACUUAGAGCAUAUAAGAUUAUCACAGCCCGUAUGGCAGGUUCCUUCUUUUUUAUUUUCUCACCCUUUCUUCCCUAAAUAAAAGAUUUGCUGCUGACCAUUA